CAGGCCCCGCCCCCGGAGCCGCGGGUCCCACAUCCUUAUUUGCGCUCCGCACACGGAGGGCGUUUCAACCAACCGAGGGAUGUCGCGAAUGGCCGUUCUGAGUGAUCUGUAGAGGACUUAUUGUGGCGUUUGUCUGCGUUUCGUCAUUUACAGAUUCUGACCGAGAUUACUCUUUCUGCGGCGGGUUUUCCUUGAGUAGGCCCGCGUUCCCCCACCGUGCCUCGGAUCAGAGCCGGGGUGCAGGCCGAGGAGGAGGACUAGCUCGGGGAGACAUGGAGGCCAACCCUGCAGAGGGAGGCAUUUAUCUGUGAGGUGCACCGAAGCUCCAACAAUGGACCACUCACACAUCGGUGGGGACAUGUCCCCUCCAUAUGCGCCAAGGAAGAGGAAGUCGGGCCAGGCUCAGCCCAAGGGCGGUGUGCCAUGUCCAGUGGUAACAGUGGUUCACCGACUGCCAGACAGAGCCUUUGAGUUGAGCGUCCUUGGACAUUCAAAGAGUGACGAGGCCCAAGACGCUCAUAAAAUGAAAAGGACUUAUGGUAGGAAGAGGUUUGAGGACCCCCAGGGCGUCCCGGGGGGCCCGCUGGAGUACCCCACCACCAGCUGCUCUGUGAUGUCUUCAGGCCCCCUGGCCAACGGCUCGGACAUGGGCUCUGUAGCCCAGCCCGCUGCCAGGCUGCCACCAAGGCUGGUAGCCAAGGACGCCUGGCCUACGGCCCCGGAGCCGGGCAGGAUGAGGCCCCAGCCUCAGGCCCAGCCCUGGAACCCCAGUCGGGAGAGGCUCUCUGAGGCCCAGAGCUGGGCUGCGGGUCGAGAGCGGCCCCAGGAGCAGCUCUGGAGUUCCAGUAGAGACCGAUCGGGACACCCGGGGCAAGACCAGAGCUGGAUCCCAGGAAGGGAGCGAGGCCACACCGAACAGGCAUGGGCCAGCGGGCGGGAGAGGGGCCCCGAACAGGCCUGGAGCUCUGGGAGGGACCGAGCCCAGGAUCAGGCUUGGAACCCGGGGCGUGAGCCUGGACGGGACAGACCCCUCUCUGGGAACGGGCAGGGCUGGGGUGCUGGGCGCAGCCAGGACCAGGCCUGGGGCUCAGCCGCCAGGGACCGAGGAGAAGCACAAGUCUGGAGACCUGACUUGCCUUUAAAGAAGAGCCAGAGAGUCGAAGUUGAGAGGAAUCAGCCGGUAAUCACCUAUCAACAGGCCCCAGAAAACAAAACCUCUGGUUCAGACUCGGUGGACGUAAGAGACCUCCAGAGCAACGCAGAGCACAACGCGGCCCGGCCCAGCGAGGAGCCCAGACCGCUGCUCCCCCCCUCCAGGAAGGAGCUCCCUUCCUACCCUCCAGGCAGCCAAGAGGAGCGCUGGCAGCUGCAUAUCGUGGCCAAAGGAAGAGUGACCUGUCCCAAGUGCAAGAGUGUCAGCAGGAAGACCGUAGAGGGCUUGAAGAAACACAUGGAGAACUGCCGCCUGCAACCGUUCAGCUGUCCACACUGUGGGAAACAACUCAAGUCUUCAACUGGGAUGAAGUACCACGUCAUGGCCGACCAUAGCAACUUGCCCUCUCUGGACGAUUCCCAAGGCUUGGACGAACGUGCUGUCAAAGAGAAACUGCGCAAAAUUCUGAAGAGACUUGGAAAGUUAAAGUGUUCCCGCGAGGGCUGCACUUCAGGCUUCACUAGCAUCAUGGGCUAUGUGUACCACAUGAAGAAGUGUGGUAAGCAGGAGUCUGAGCUGGAGAAGAUGCUGCUCAACUGCUCUCACUGUGGGAAGGCCUACAAGUCAAAGGCCGGUCUGGAGUACCACCUCAAGUCAGAGCAUGCCCCCGUGCCCCAGCAGCAGGAGGAGGAAGAGGAGGCCCUUAAAGCCCAGAGCGAGGCCGACCCAGAGCUCACGGCCAGCGGCCGGGUGCAGCGGGCCUCGGCCCAGGUGGCCAACUUCCACCUGGCCGAGAUCGCCCACAACGACCUGCCCAAAGACUGGCCCAAGAGGAAGUUCCAGUCGGACCUCGUGCCAGACGACAAAAAGCUGAAGUACGCCCGUCCAGGUCUGCCUGCAUUCAGCCAGGAGGUCCUCAGGAAGUGGAAGAACGAGGUGAAGCUGCAGAGGAAGGUCCAGUGCCCCAACCAGGGCUGUGGCUGCACCUACACCAGUGUCUCUGGCCUGAAGGCCCACCUGGGACUCUGCACUAAGGGUGACUUUGAGGCGGGGAAAUACCGUUGUUUGAUCUGCGGCAAGGAGUUCAAUUCCGAGAGUGGAGUCAAGUAUCACAUCAACUCUGUUCAUUCACAGGAAUGGUUUGUGACGAACAAGAAAGCAUCAAAGAAGUUUGAAAAGUACCUUCGGAGUCGGCCCAAGGAGAUGGUGCAUGGAGUGGACCAGCACAUCAUCGAGCAGUACCACCAGCAUCACAUGAACCACCACCACCUCCACCACCACCACCUGCAGCACCACCAGCAGCAGCACCACCAUCAACACCACCAGCACGAUCAGCAGCUCCAGCAGAUCCAGCACCAACCCUUGCAGCAGCCUCUGCAGCCCCUGCAUCACCUGCAGCACCAGGCCCACGUCCUGCACGCGUUGGAGCACCAGCAGCACCACCACCACAGCCACAGUGUUCCCCAGAUGGAGCCGCAGCUCAGCCAGGAGGUGCAGCAGCAGCAGCAGCAGCCACCGCCACCACUCCUCCACUACACCCCGCUGGAGCCGCCCGCGGGCUCCAUGUGGGUGGAGGUGGAGCGGAGGGAGGUGGUGGCCGGGGGCGGGCCGGGGGCAGAGCUGACCCAGGUGGAGAUGGUGAGUGUAGACAAACCCCGGCCGAUGGACGGAGGAGCGGGGAGUGGGGGCUCAGAGUGCAAGCGGAGAGAGAAGGCGGAGCGGGGCAAGGCGGAGAGCAGGAGGAAGGAUUGCUUCGCUUACGGAGGAGGAGGAGGAGGAGGGGGGGGGGGAGUGGCUGUGGGCGGGAGCAGCAGCAGUAGUAGCAGCAGCAGCAGCAAUACGGGCAGCUCGUCCAGCGAAUCAGAGCUGGAGCAGCAGGAGAGGCAGAGACAGAUCGACCAGUGGAACCUGAAGAGGCCUGGGAACAUGGAGGUCCACCACGAGGCUGCUAAACGCCAGAGGAACACCUAAAGAACUGUACCUUAUUGUACAACAAGAGGUCAAAUAACGGUCUUACUUAUUUGUGAAAUGUCUUGCCAUUGUCUUAUUUCAACUGUAACUCUGAUCAAGCUAUUUCAUAUAUGACCUGUUUCUCAUCUUGGAAUUUUGUUGUUUUUUAAUUUGAAAACAACAGGAGACAUACACAAGAGGGUAGCUUGCCAUGAGACCGGGCUUUGGACACCGCAAAGUAUCUACAGGAAGUACCGUAGCUUACGGUUAAACCUAAUUGAAUGUCGCCGUGUGUGUAUUGCACAAGUUGGCAUGAACCAAAAAUUCCGUUAUCAUGGCCUCGUGCACAGGGCAUUCAGAGAUGGGCCAUUCGUCGCGCACCACCGGAAAUUUUGUUGGUCGAAAAAGCAGACUGCGCCAACUGCCUUCCUGUUGUGGUGAUACGGUGACCAAUAAUGCCACGGUCAUGCAUGUAUGAUCCGAGCACUUCACCAACAGCUAUAUAUUUAGCUUUCGUUCGAUACUAAACAACUUGGACUUUUUACUUUUUUACUCAUACCAGAUCAUAAUUUAACCCUGAGAUACUCUAGUAUCACAAUGAGUAAAACAUAUCGAUAGUCCUCCUCUAUAGCUAAUCCCCUCCUUCUUACUCCUCUCAUGUUGUCAUCACUUCUUACUCCUCAUGUUGUCAUCACUUCUUACUCCUCAUGUUGUCAUCACUUCUUACUCCUCAUCUUGUCAUCACUUCUUACUCCUCAUGUUGUCAUCACUUCUUACUCCUCAUGUUGUCAUCACUUUAUACUCCUCAUGUUGUCAUUGCUCCAGUGGUGACCUGAGGAGGAGUUAAAGGGUUCCAUGCAUGGCAGCAUGCAGCACCUUCACUCUAUUCUGCCCACACAAAGAUUUGAAGAGGUCUCCUCCUACCCUGGCACUGAGGUUUAUCCUCAAGAAAGAAUGAGUGACAUGCCAACACGCAUUAAAGAAGGAGCAGUUGAGAAAGGGACUCCUGUCUAUAUGUGCCGUCCUGACAGGAGGACUCUCUUGGACUAAACUCCACGUGUAUUUAACCAAUAGCAUGUCAUGUUUUAUGUACUCUGCAUUUUCUAUAUUUGAUAUAGUGGCGUACGCUCCUGGAUGGUUGUCUGCUGUAUGUUUGUGCCGCUUUAUUUUCAAAAUGUGUUCUAUGUACAGUUCGGAUGGACGAAGAAGCAAUUAUCCUUUGUUAAAUUUGUUACCAUGUUUGUUCAGUUCAUUUAUUGAUGUUUUGUUCUUUAUCUCGUGUUGAUAUAAUCCCUGUUAGUGCUCUUCCAUGUAAUCAUCUUUAGACUAAAUAUUAGAGACAUUUAUAUACUUUUUGAGUUGUAUGUUAAUUAGCCCAUUGAUCAAAUGAUGAUCCCUGUAAAUCAGUUCUAAUAUGUUGAGAAUAGGUACUAAUCUGUUUGUGUUCAAAUGCAUUUCAAAGUCCUUCCCUCAGAUGGCGUAUGUGGCAUCUGUAUCAAGUUCAGCUUGGACUACUGUCCAGUUACCAUACAUAGAACCACUGACUGAAAAGAUAACAUUUCUGUUGAGGCUAAGACCAAAAGUGAUAACAUCAUAAAUGCACUUCCAACUGAGUGGCACAAAGAAAAGCCCUUGCUUCUUGACAAAAAGAGAUCUCAAGAAGCAUCUUUGAGGCAAACUUCAAAAUCAGAUUUUUUUUUCUAUUUCCAGUGCAAGGCAAAAAUGACAAAUAUUUAAGGCAUUUGUUGGAAUCUAAUAUUCUGGGAAGGAUAAUUAAAUAUAUAUUGGCGAUAUGAAAAUUCUUUUAAGUGUGUCCUAUAUUUUACUUACUGUAAUUCUCUGAUAUCUCAUAUCUCUUUUACUCCCUUAUCUAAAGGGUGCUACGUGUUGAAAUAUUAAGGUCUCAAAAGUACUGUAGUACCAUUCCAACUCAUAGCACACACUAAUAGAGCCAUACCUCUGAUUUCUAAGGUCUAAAAAAAGAUUAGACUUCAAGUACAUGUUAAGUCUAGGCCAGGUAAAGUGAAUAACUGCAUUUGUAAAGUUAACAUUUUUAGUAUCACCGCGUUCUCUAUUUUGUUGGGCAUAGUUUGUAUUCCGUGGAAAAAGGCGUUGUCUCUCAGCCUGCGUUAAUAGCCUAUAUAUUGAACGCAUUACUUGUUAGGCCUUCUUGUUUUUCUAGAAGUAAUGUGCUGCUAUUUCUUAGUACCAGCUAAUACUAAAUAAAGCACUACCAUUCAUGGUCAAA